UGAACAUAAUGGUCACAAUUCUUUUCCUUUCCAAAAUGGAGUUGUACCUCUGUUAAUUGUACCCAAAAAAAUUUCAUUGACUUUGUAAUAUCAGUCUUUCAGACCAUCUAAAGGAUUUAAUUUGAAAAUAACCUAACACUAAUCAAGCAUUCGUACCAACCCAUUCGAGCCACAGACAACACACACCCGAGGAAUGUAAUCGGGUUUGUGUUCAUUCACUUAUUGGAUGUGAGUUUCCUUUCCAGGUCGAGUACGAGUUGUCCAUGGACGCGAUGUAGUGGUUCGGAGUUUAGGUGUGCUUUGAUGCAUUUUCAUUAGUUUUUUUAUCUGAAAAAAUAUUUCCUGUUAAUUCGACGAGUCACAUUGAACAAAAUUUGAAAUGAAAAUGGACAUAACUAGGGAUGAUUUCGUUACAAAUUUCAAAGUCAAGCCAUCAUUCUGAUUACAAUAGAAAUCAAGUGAUCAUUUCGUAUUAAAGGUGAAAGCUACGCCAACACUUUGGAUAAUCAUCUAAUACGGACCUAAAUGAAGAACAUGCACAACACGCUGUAAAUGAACGGGCAAAUAAAAUGGAAGUGACAGCCCGACAGAGAACGGAAAAGGGUUGAAUUUCAGCAUAUUCGGAGAACCGCGUAAAAGGAAAGAGAAGAGAGCCCCCAUCUGCCAAAAAAGGUAGCUUAGCUUCACUAACAUUUAAAAACAAUUAUUAAAUAUAUAUUAUUGACUAGAUUUUUUUUACCUCUUUCUUCCUGAUAAAACCCCGUCUCCACUCUUCACCACAUAUUUAUUUUCUCGCCUGCGAUAUUUUCUCCCGAUCGUCCUUUCCUUUUCUUCCAAAUCUCCUGUUCCUCCGGCAACCCCAAUUCCGCUCUGCACACUAUUAAUCACCUUCUUCAUUCAAUUGCUUCCUCGGUUUCUCAGUUUCCCCUCUCUUCUCCAUUCUCCUUUUACCGUUUCUCCGCUCUCUUCCCCUCUGCCGCGGCUUCCCCCCCUGAUCGAGCCACACAGCCGCAGUGUGGUUCGAUCCCUGGCGCGCACAAUCCAAUUCCAGCUCCGCCGCCACCGAUGCAGGACAUCGAGCGCGUCGCCGAUCACGCCCUGUUUGGCAAGUAUGAGCUCGGCAGGCUCCUCGGCUGCGGCGCCUUCGCCAAGGUCUACCACGCCCGCAACAUCGCCACCGGCCAGAGCGUCGCCGUCAAGGUCAUCAACAAGAAGAAGAUCACAACCCCCUCCAUGAUGAACAACAUCAAGCGCGAGAUCUCCAUCAUGCGCCGCCUCGGCCACCCGCACAUCGUCCGCCUCCACGAGGUCCUCGCCACCAGGACCAAGAUCUACUUCGUCAUGGAGUUCGUCAAGGGUGGCGAGCUAUUCGCCAAGAUCUCCAAGGGCCGGUUCAGCGAGGACCUGGCGAGGAAGUACUUCCGCCAGCUGAUCUCCGCCGUCGGGUACUGCCACUCCCGUGGCGUGUUCCACCGCGAUCUGAAGCCGGAGAAUCUCCUCCUCGACGAGAGCGGCAACUUGAAGGUCUCCGAUUUCGGCCUCAGCGCCGUCGCGAACCAGAUCCGCGCCGACGGGAUGCUGCACACGCUCUGCGGCACCCCUGCCUACGUGGCGCCGGAGAUCCUCGGGAAGAAGGGGUACGACGGGGCGAAGGUCGACGUGUGGUCGUGCGGCGUGAUCCUUUUCGUCCUGACGGCAGGGUAUUUACCCUUCAGCGAUCCUAAUCUGAUGGGAAUGUACAAGAAGAUUUACAAAGGCGAGUACCGCUGCCCCAAAUGGAUGUCCGCAGAUCUGAAACGGUUUCUGUCGCGGCUCCUCGACACGAAUCCCGCCGCGAGGAUCACCGUCGACGAGAUCCUCACGGAUCCGUGGUUCACCAAGGGCCACAAGAAGCCGAUCAGGUUCCACGACGAGGAGUUCACGACCGCCGACAAGUUCAAUUCUGAUUACAAGGAGAGCGCGUCGGAGGCCAGCACAAGCAGCAGCAGCAGCAGCAGCUUGAACGCGUUCGAUCUGAUCUCGUUCUCAUCCGGCUUGAACCUGACCGGCCUGUUCGACAACACCUACAAUUCGAUGGAGGACGGCGACCGAUUCGUGACCGCGCAGUCCCCGGAGAGGUUGUUGGAGAAGGUUCUGGAAUUCGCCAGGUCGGAACGGCUGAGACUGAAGAGGAAGAAGCUGUACGGGGUGGAGCUGGAAGGGCGCAACGGUGGUGUGAAAUUCGAGGUCGAAAUCUACCGUUUAACCGACGAAUUGUCUGUUGUGGAGGGGAGGAGAGUAGCCGGCGACGCCGGGAGCUACAAGGAGACGUGGCUCAACAAGUUGAAGCCGGAUCUCCUCGGUUCUUCUCCGGCGCCAACUGUAGGAGAUCAAAAUCCCGUCGCAGCUGGCAACUGAGAAGGCGGAAUUCGCUUUGGCCGGCGCGGACUUGUUUGUUUGUUUUUUUCGUAAAUUACUAUUUUCCAAAAUGUAAAAGUAUGUGGCUGUGUGAAGGGGGUGGGUGUGUCAUUGUGUGUGGGUGUGGAAUUUUGUACCAGUAAAAAGGUUAAAAGAAAAAGUAAAUUUAAAGUUGGGGGCUGUAGUGAAAAAGAGGGGGGGAUUUUUGGUGGCAAUAAUCUCCUCCUCUUGAUGGCCCCACCCAAUUUGUGUUUUCACAAUCACUGUAAAUAGUAAAAACAUACACACACUGGGAGAGAGAGGCAGAGGGGGUACUUAAGUCUAUUACUAAUAGUACUUAGUUAUUACUAGGAGUGUAAUGCUUCCAAGGAUGAAGUCUGGGGAAAGACACUCAAAUCCUUGGAGAGACUCACUUUCCUUUUUCUACCCACUUUUGUAAAGAGAAGAGGGGCAAAAGGAGGAUUUCACAUACAGAAUGUGACACAGUUGAAAUGGAAAAUUGAUAUUUGGUAUUUUUUUCCUUUUGCAAAGCCGUUUUAAUAAUUAUUAUUAUUCUCUUUUUAACUUAAUAAUGCCGCUUUUGUUGAUUGCCAAUUAGGUAUUUGUGAUGGAUUUGCUUGGCUGUCAUUAUGGACUUGUGGGGGCUGAAGCCAUUCAAGCAGCGUAUGUGUCCAUGACAUUGAAUAGUGUGCUUGAGAAUCCUGAUAAGUGAGAAACAGUGCUUUUUCAACAAACUCCGCGAGAGAAGUGGGGAAAAAUGGGUUACUUUUUGUGGAAUAGUGUAAUCAGUUAGCGGAAGAAGAAUGCCAAUUAGCAAUUUAUCACCUCGUCCUUAUCCAAAAUUCUUGCUAAGGGAGAAGCCGAUUAGCCGAAGCCAAAACCAAAUCGGAUUUUGCUUUGCCGCUGAAGAGUUUUUAAUUUCAUGUAGGUCUUUCUUUUUGGGGAAAAUCGCUACACUCUCUUAGCAUAUCCACUAGUAUAGAAUGGAAAGAAAUCGUGUUGAAAAUU